AUGCCCGACUACAAGGCUAAGAACUUUUUCCUAGCUUUGGGCACCUUGCUGUUCGCGUAUGGUGGCCAUUCUGCUUUUCCCACAAUCCAACAUGACAUGAAGAAUCCGGCAGAAUUCACAAAAUCUGUCAUUUUGGCGUUCACAAGUGGAUCAACAUUGACAUUAACAUCCGUAAUUUUACCAUGUUUGUUCUAUCUAUACCUCAACGCUCGACAAGAAAGGGAAAAAGAUUUGGGAAAGAAAGAUGAUAGUCCUGCAACAUUGAAAGAAGUUUUCAAAUACAAUUCAAGAGCGACGCUCAUUGCCUGUAUUUCCAUCAUUGGUAAGACACCGCAUUUCAAAUUUUCAAAAAUACUUGUUAAGUGACC